AUGGCGAGCCCUCGGGAGCGGCGGCUUCCGCCGCCCUUGUUCCGGAUGGAGAACCCAUUCAGUGUGAAGGUGCUGCAAGUCUUCACCGGCUUCGGCGUCGGCUGCGGUGUUGGUGUCGGUGUCGGCCGACCCAUCCACCUAGGUAUGAUACCUGGGCUUCAGCAAGUUAUGAGUGCUACAAGAGGCGCAACAGAUGCUUUUUCCGGUGUCACCAGGCACGUUAAUUCUGCUCUAAGGAAGGCAGGGUCAAGGAACAUUGAAGCGGGCAUUGGCUGUGGAGUUGGUAUAGGCCAUGGUUUUGGUAUAGGAAUCGCCCUAAAGCCACAAGUACUUCAUGGGAUUCAGUCAUUUGUUGGGGAAGUUAUGUCUAACCUCACGUCAAAGCUGAAGGAUACUCCCGAGAUGCCACCUGCAUCAAAUCUUAUGGCUGGUUCUUUGUCUAGCAAUCCACAAACUCACAAUGAUAUGCCCAUGGGUCUAGAGGCUAAGACUGCAGAAAGUAAUUUGCACCACACUACAAGCAAUGUAAUAUCAAGAGUCCAGCCUAAUCAUGGAUUGCAGCCAGAAGCAUUAACUGGAAGUCGAACCGAAAAGGCCAUUGCCAACUUUCUACAAAGUCCGCUGUUCCAGAAUGAUACAAAGAUGAACUUCAAAGAUGCAUCUAGAAAUUUACAUGGAGUGGAUAAUGUACUUCAGUUGGUACUGAAGCACCAAAUGAUAAUUGAAGAAUUGCGAGAGGAAAAUGAACAUUUGCGUCAAAUACUCGUGGAGGAACUUAAGGGUGAUGAGUGA